AUGAAGUUGCAGGAGGGUGUGUUCUUGGUUGCUAUUUUCUUCUUUGCAUAUACGCAGCAGCUGGUGAAGGGGCAACAUCAACCUCGCAAGGAUUGCCAAACUAAAUGUGGCAACAUCACAAUCGACUACCCUUUUGGCAUUUCUUCAGGUUGUUACUAUCCGGGGGAUGACAGUUUUAGUCUCACCUGCGACGAGAAACAGAAUCUCUACAUAGGCAACAAAAAUGAAGUGAAAACUUUUAACCACAGUAGCCAGCUUAGUUUUAUCUUUAACCGAUCUUCACUUUGCAACGACGAGCAGAGGAAUAGUACUAAUGAAACUCUCAUCGGGUAUCGGCUGCGUGGUAGUUUCUCUCUCUCGGCCAACAACAAGUUUUAUUUAGUAGGCUGUAACGCUUUGGCACUUCUGAGCACUUUUGGCAAGAAAAAUUACUCAACUGGAUGCCUGUCAUUAUGCAAUGCACUUCCGGAGGAAAAUGGAGAAUGUAAUGGUGUAGGUUGCUGCAAAACAGACGUCUCUGUCCGGUCGGAUACCAAUAUAUUCCAAUAUGGCUCAGAUCGUUUCGUGAACCAAUUUAAUGCUUCCGAAGGUCAAUUUAAAACUUCUGUAUAUCAGUUUAAUCCUUGCACCUACGCUUUUCUCGUUGAAUAUGGUCAGUUUAACUACAGUUCUUCAAAAGAUCUGAAGAACCUCCGGAAUCUCACGAGUUUCCCUGUGUCACUGGAUUGGUCUAUUGGAAACAAGACAUGCAAGCAAGCUGGAAACACAAGCAUAUGCCGUGAGAAUAGUGAAUGUAUUGAUUCUACUCGUGGAAAGGGUUACAUCUGCAAAUGCUUAGAAGAUUUUGAUGGGAAUCCAUAUCUUCCAAACGGUUGUCAAGACAUCAACGAGUGUACUACUAAUAGCAGUAUCCAUAAAUUAAUUGUGCCGAUCCCAAAACCUGUAGACUCAAGGAUGGUGGAGGCUUCUAUUGCAAGUGCCCAUCUGAUUCUUUCUUUUAAUCAACUCGCUCAAAUCAUCUAUGAUGUGAUUAGGAACCACCAUCGGCUUCUUGUUCCUCCUGAUUGCCGUUAG